AACUGGUGGAGCAAGGCCAUGCAGUAUUCUGGACCCAGUUUGCACGCUUCGGCACACCAUUGGAUGAACUUUCCGCAUCAGGUAACGCUAGCAUGACAUUGGCAGCAGAGCAGCUCGGCUUCCGCCUUCGUCACGCGUUCGAUGAGUCUACUGAAGACAAGUCCCCACAAAUCCGUCAACUAACCAUUCAAUGGGAUGAUGUGGUCUCACCCAUCUGCCUGCUACCCGAUUUUCGCCGGUUUCUCCUACCUCCGCUAUUUUCUGACCUCCAGAAGGCGGCAAAAGGUGGUCCUGUCGUUAUCCUCAAUGCAAGCAAGUACAGCUGUGAUGCCUUGUUCAUCACAAGUGCCCAAGAUUCCAUCUACGUCCCACUUGGUAAGAUCAUCCGAUCCCAUUGGCAGAACCCGGAGUUCGCAUUCUUAUCGGCUUGCCAUGCUACUGUUGGUGAUGAGUCCAGCCCCGAUGAAGCUAUCCAUCUCGCUGCAGCGAUGCAAUUCUCCAGAUUUCGCGGUGUGAUAGGAUCCAUGUGGUCUAUCAAUGACGGGGUUACACACCAAUUACAUAGUACCGCGAGAUCUUCAAAUGCGGCCUGGACUGCUAGCCAAAACUCGUAUACAUCGGCGGAGGUAGAGAAUUCGAUAGGCUAUAUUCCCGGGAUCAUGUACAUAUAUAUUUUAGUUUUUGACGAGUUUUUGACACCCCAAUAUCAACCCCGAGUUAUCGACUCGUUAAAAACACGUUAAAAACCUG